AUGAGUUCAGCUGGUCCGGCGCUUUUUGGAGCCCGCGACCCCUGGGUGUGCCAGAUGGCCAGAUGCUCCUCGCUCCAACGCUCCCAAGCCGAUACACGGUUUCCUCCGCUCAUCUCCAACCCCAGAGUGGUGGCGGACAAGAUCCAGCUCAGCAUUGCGGUGAAUUGGACCAUGGCUGUGCCAAGGAGCCGUGCGAAUAGCAAGCACCAACGCCUGCGCGACGGACGCUAUGUGGGGCUGGGGUCACUCAGAUGGCUUCCUAAAAUUGACGAAAGCUGUAAUGUUGUUUUUUUUUUGGCGGCGCCCCGAUAG